AUGGCGACGACACCACCGCCUCCAUCCACUCUGCGAAUUCCGCCUACUCCUCGUCAUGGAGCUGGCUAUGACCAUUUUCCUCCGUCGCACCUCCGCACAAGCCCAAGAAAGGCGAAGAAACAGGACAAUGAGCACGCAACAUUGUCGCCCCCUGGAUCAGGCCAUGCCUCGCCCCGGAAGCAGCCCAACCGGAGUGGACGGCUACUUGCAGCGCAUUCCCUGGAUGGUACCUCCGGACUGGAUGGUUCGGAUCCCUUCGUCACCGCAGAGUCGUCUGCCGUGCGUCAUGGUCUCCAAUCUUUCCGUCCUACGAUGACUUCGGGCAUGCUUCCAACUCCUGCCAAGACCCCGAGAAAGAAGGCUGUUGGUGACGUCGGUUCUACGGCCCGGACUCUUUUUCCUCCGCCGUCUGGUUCCAGCUCCGGACGCAAGAAGAAGAAAUACACGGGCUUUUCUCUGGACAGCUUUAAUGACAAUGAAGCGCAAGGCGGUUCCGCAAUCCAGAUCUAUACCGAUUCUCGCGACCGAAUUCCUGAAGUCAGCAAGAGCGAGGAGAAUCCGUUUUACGCGAAACCGGAACCCAACGCUUCGACUCGUGCCUCGAAGCGCCGGGUCCAGAGCACGAAGCGAGACAAGGAAGUCGAUGAAGCUAUUCAGCGGGAAGAUGGCAUGGUUUAUGUUUUCCGAGGAAAGAAAAUGUUCCGACGGUUCACUGAUGCCGUGGAGAGCGAUGCGGAAGAUGAGGACGCUGAUCUCGGCUUGCUGGCAGCCCGUCCCGAUUUGCUGGACUCUUCCGUUUUGACCAAUGCCCGGCCGUUGACUCGCUCUUCAAUCAAACCCCGUGUGCUGUUCCCCAGCGCCAACAAGCGUACACCGGAGCCGCAGGUCAAUAACUCCGACGAAGAAGAAGCCGCCACUGAUAUCGAGGACCACGUGCUUCCCGAUGAUGUCGCUGAGGAGAGCGAAGAUCGGGUUCCCGACGUUGAAAUGCAGCAACGGCCUGUCACUCCUCCACAAAACUCUGCUAUCGAAACUCCCGCGUCUCCUGGUGCCACAGUACGGUCGCUGCGUCCUCGGACCAAGAGAGACGUCUCGGAACACACGCCCACCGCUUCGGAAGCUAAAAGAAAGCGCAUCAGCCCAUUUGCGGGCUGGCUGCGGAAGAAAGAGACUCCUGCAGUCACCGGACCCAAAGCCAGAAAAAGAGACGCGGAAGCCGAAGGUAGCCCUGGUGGACCUGCUACGAAGAGAACGAGAGGUAGUCGAGCUGCCGCCUCAUCUUGA